CCCGGCGCGCUCCCGGCUCGCGCCAUCUUGGCUUCAGAUCGAGCUUGAGGAGUGCGUGGCCGCGGCGUGAGCAGCGAGAUUCAGCCAGGACACAGCAACAGACAGCAAGCGGGAUGGAGCACUACCGGAAAGCUGGCUCUGUGGAACUCCCAGCACCUUCCCCGAUGCCCCAGCUACCUCCUGAUACCCUGGAGAUGCGGGUCCGAGAUGGCAGCAAAAUCCGCAACCUUCUGGGGCUGGCGCUGGGUCGGUUGGAAGGUGGCAGCGCAAGGCAUGUGGUGUUCUCAGGUUCCGGCCGGGCUGCAGGCAAGGCUGUCAGCUGUGCUGAGAUUGUCAAACGGCGGGUUCCAGGCCUUCACCAGCUUACCAAGCUGCGCUUCCUGCAGACCGAGGACAGCUGGGUGCCAACCUCACCUGACACAGGCCUAGAUCCCCUAACAGUACGCCGCCAUGUGCCUGCGGUGUGGGUAUUGCUCAGCCGGGACCCCCUGGACCCCAAUGAAUGUGGCUACCAGCCCCCAGGGGCACCCCCUGGCCUGGGCCCCACACCUAGCUCCAGCUGUGGCCCCCGACCCCGAAGAAGAGCUCGAGACUCCCGGUUCUGAGGACCUGCUGAGCAAGCUCUUCUCCAGGCCUGUGUGUCUAAGAUGGCUUUGCCUUCUUUGAGAAGACUCUGUAACUGCUCAACAUCUCGAACAAGACUUGAGUCUGCAGAACUGAGCCUCCCAGUCCUGCUUCGAUUUCUGUCUGGCUUGUAGAAAGGGACUGCUAUGAAGAGUGACAGCUGUGGGGUCUCUCCCGGGUUCUGGAUUGCUUAAGAGAGACUUACUCUGCCUUCUACCUGCAGUAUCUCUGAUCUGCCUUCUGACAGAGGUCCUGGGAGUGGGCUGGGAAAUAAAUCAUUUGUCUGAUGA